AUGGUCAAAGCAAACAAAGGGCGUCAAAGAAUCACCAUGGCCAAAAUGAAGAACGAGAGUAAUCUUAAGGUGACAUUCUGCAAAAGGAAAAGUGGGCUUUUCAAGAAAUUCAGCGAGCUUAUCACACUAUGUGGGGCUGAAGUUUUACUUCUAGUAUUUUCACCAACAAACAGAGUGUUCUCCUACGGUCAUCCCAGUGUAGAAGAAAUAGUUGGGCGAUUAUUUGGUUCAUCCUCUCCGACGGGGCUUUCCAGUGAAACUCAACAAAUGAUUGAAUCUUAUCGGUCAUCAACAAACAUUAGGGAACUAAAUUCUAAUGUGAUGCAGGUUGAGGAAUUGAUGGAGGUUGAGGAGCAGCAUGCGAAGCAGAUAAAUCACAACAAGAAAGUUGGGCAGGAUCAAAGAUGGUGGGAGAGAUCGAAUAAAGAGAUGAAUUAUCAACAACUUGAACAUCUCAAGAUGUCUCUAUUGAAUUUAAAUGCCAUUGUGACGCAAAAGAUGUUGGAGUUUUCUAACCCGUAA